AUGCGAGAGUACUACUGUUACAAGUUCCAGAUUCGAUCUACCGAAAACGUGCUUCUGUUCGGUGGUAGACUGCUACAACAGUUUGUGGUAGAUGUUUACAUAAAAAUUGAGACAUCACGCUUAGAAUUUUGUGAGAGAAACCAGGCUAAGAUACGUGCCGAUUUGUACCAAGGUCUUGUGGAUUGCGUCAAUGCUGGUGAGGUUCAUGCAAACAGAGUCGGGAAAAGAAUUGUGUUGCCUGCAUCUUUCAUCGGAGGGCCUCGCGACAUGCGACGUCGGUUUCUAGAUGCGAUGACUUUAGUUCAAGACGACGGCAAGCCUGAUAUAUUCCUUACAAUGACGUGUAAUCCUAAGUGGCCUGAGAUAUGUGAUAAUUUACAUGUUGGUCAAACUGCACAAGAUCGUCCAGACCUUGUUUCAAGAGUGUUCCGGGGUAAAUUAGAAGAUCUUAAGGAACAACUCUUCAAGAAACAUAUCCUUGGGGAAGUUAAGUCAUACGUUUAUGUCAUUGAAUUUCAAAAGCGUGGUUUGCCGCACACACAUUUUCUCCUUAUCAUGUACCCGCAACACAAGAUCAAUAACGCCGACCAUUAUGAUAAGGUUGUGUGUGCUGAAAUUCCUAACAAACAAAGACAACCCAAAUUGCAUGAGAUGGUUGUCAAGCACAUGAUUCACGGUCCUUGCGGCAAUUUACGAUUAAGCAGUCCUUGUAUGCAGGGUGAUCCUAAAAUUUGUCGUUUUCAUUAUCCUAGACAAUUUAAUGAACAGACAACACAAGGAGAAGAUGCGUAUCCGUUGUAUCGAAGGAGAGACACCGGGAUAGAAGUGGAUGUACGAGGAAAAACACUUGAUAAUAGAUGGGUGGUCCCAUAUAACCCAAGGCUUUUGAUGAUGUUUAACUGCCACAUCAAUGUUGAAGUUUGCUCAAGUAUAAAAUCUGUGAAAUAUCUUUUUAAAUAUGUUUAUAAAGGACAUGACAAACAGGUUAUUCAAGUUGAUCAAAGUGAGCCAGGGGUUGUUGUUAAUGAGAUAAAGAGCUUUCAAGAUGCACGCUACAUAUCGCCCCCAGAGGCUAUGUGGCACAUUUUUUCCUUCUCUCUUUCUCAAAUCUCUCCUUCUGUUUUAGCCUUACAGCUUCAUCUCCCAAAUAAUCAGAUGGUUAGAUUUAGAGAUGAUGACUUAAUGUCUAAUAUUGUUGAUAGGGAAAGGGAUAAGAGAACCAUGCUAACAGCAUUUUUUGAGAGAAAUAGAAUCGAUGAAACAACAAGGGUAUAUUUGUAUAAAGAUUUUCCAAAACACUUUACGUGGAAUGGAAGCACACGCCGUUGGAAUCCUCGUGGCGGUAAAAAACAAAGAGGUCGUAUCGUUUCCGCUAAUCCAGCCGAAGGAGAAAGGUACUACUUACGCCUACUUUUGUCAAAUGUCAGAGGGCCUACUUCUUUUGAACAUCUUUGCACAGUUAAUGGUCAACGGUGUGAGACAUUUCGAAAAGCAGCUCUUGAGUUAGGCUUAAUAGAAGACGAUGAAUAUCUAUCACAAUGUCUCGAAAAAGCCUCUACGUUUCAGUUUCCCAAUGCUCUUCGAAGGUUAUUUGUGACCAUAAUGAUUUUUUGCCAACCUGGAGAUAUUCGAAAGUUAUGGAAUGACCAUUUUGAAUCACUGUCUGAAGAUCAUCGGUUACACUGUCAAAGUAUAGAACGAGUUCAAAAUAUGGUUCUUACUGAAAUUAGUGUCUUGCUACAAUCCAUGGGUAAAAAUAUCAAUGAAUUCGACCUUCCUAAGAUAACAGACGAUGUUAACUUACAAGAUGCAGGUUAUCGUGAGUUACAAGAAGAGUAUGGAAUUGUUUUGGAACCUGAACACUUGAGUGCCAAAGAUUCACUUAAUCCGGACCAAAAAAACGUGUUUGAUGAGAUCAUGAUGCAUGUUGAUAAUGAUCUUCUAGGCGUGUUCUUUAUUGAUGGCCCAGGUGGAACUGGAAAAACAUUUUUGUACAUUGCCUUGCUUGCUGAAAUUCGGUCACGUGGUCUUAUUGCUCUCGCAACAGCUUCAUCAGGUGCAGCGGCUAAUAAUAUGCCAGGAGGUAGAACGGCUCACUCAAGAUUCCAGAUUCCUCUUAAUCUUGAAAAUAAUUCAAUGUGCAAUAUCAAAAAACAGAGUGGGGCCGCAAAACUGAUUCGGUCUGCCAAAGUAAUCAUAUGGGAUGAAGCGUCGAUGGCUAAACGACAGGCGAUAGAUGCAGUCGAUCGUACAUUCCAAGACAUUAUAGGCGUUAGUCUCCCAUUUGGUGGGAAGAUAAUGGUUAUGGGAGGUGACUUCAGACAGGUGUUGCUGGUUAUUAAACGUGGCACUCGAGCACAGAUUGUAGUCUCCAGCGUACGAAUGUCACCUCUUUGGUCUUUGACUAAGAAGAUGCGGUUGACCAUAAAUAUGAGAGCGCUGAAAGAUCCAUGGUUUUCUAAAUUUCUUUUAAGAGUCGGCGAUGGAACUGAAGAACCAAUCGAAGGAAACUAUAUUCGCAUACCUGAUGACAUGACAAUUCAGUGCAACGACAGAGAAAACGCUAUAAAAGAAUUGAUCCAUGCCAUCUUUCCAUCAAUUGAAGAUAAUGUAUAUUCUUCAGAUUAUAUAAUCUCUAGAGCAAUAUUGUCCACUAAAAAUGAGAGUGUUGACGAGAUUAAUAAUCAAAUGAUUGAAAUUUUUCAAGGGGAGGAAAAAGUUUAUUACAGUUUUGAUGAAGCUGAAGACGAUCAGCGUAACUUCUAUCCGGUCGAGUUCUUAAACUCGCUAAAUGUUAGUGGUUUGGCGCCUCAUAAGCUUGGUUUAAAAAUUGGAUGCCCAAUAAUAUUGUUACGUAAUAUCGAUCCAUCACAUGGCCUGUGUAAUGGCACGCGGUUGAUAUGUAAGGGUUUCAUGCGAAAUGUUAUUGAUGCGGAAAUUGCAGUUGGUCAACCUGCCGGAAAAAAAAGUUUUUUUGCCAAGAAUCCCUCUAACCCUUUAUGA